AUGUACCGGGCGCGUGCCAUCUGCCGCGGCAUGCGUCUUUGUGAUGAAAAAGGGCAACGCUCUGACCUUCGCAACUUCAUUUUGAAGGAGUAUGAAGAGAUUUUGGACAAAUGCACCGUUUUUCGUGGCUGCCUCCCGGACCCCGCAGAAGACAUCACCGACACGCGCGGAAAGGGUAGAAGUACCCUCAAGCGGCCAGCGUCCACCAAGAGCUCGACGUGGAACAAGAUUGCCUACACCCGUGACAAGGCCAAGGAUAGGAUACGCAUGGAUCGCACUUCGUGGAAGAGGUCUCUCCCAGAGUUACUUCACACCACUGAGAACGACUUGAUCCACAAGCUUCGGGAGGACCGUCUGCUUCCAUGUUGGAAAGGUCACGUUUGUCCCAGAUGUGAGAAGGGAACUUUGUCUACUCUGGUGCCACAUCCGUCCAGUGGUGCGCUCAACUGCAGUGCCCGUGGAUGCUGGGCAUACAUCAGUCCUCACCACCUCCACCCUUUGUUCGUUGAUGGCCGCGGCGCUAGUUCGACGUCUUUGUUUACGCAGUCAGCCAUCCUACUCUUGAAGCUGAACAAUGUGUUCCAUCCAAUCAUUCACUGGCUCUUGGGCGUCAAUCACAAGGUCAUUGAAGAGUGGGAGACUCGUCUCUGCGACUUGCGUAUGAAAUGGGUGGAGGCAAAGGAGAUUGUCUUCGGGGCUGGAAAGCCCUGGAGCGAUGUGGAGGCUGAUGAAGCCACUUUUGACAGGAAAGACCUAGCAACUGCUCCAGACCCAUCCGAGUAUGUCUUGUGGGAGCAAUGGACCCCGAGACUCUUGUGCUCCAUCGUCUGA